GAUAUUAACAUAGAUCAUAUAUAGUUUGGCCAUAACACAAUCGAGAAUACAAUGGUUGGCGAUAUGUGGCGAUGGUUGUUGGUGGUCGUGGUGGUUGCCCACCAUACCACCGAUGGUCAGAUGUUGGGGGACCGGCGCUGCCAGACGUACGAUGACUCGUGCAGCAGCUGCAUCCAGGCUCCAGGCUGCCAGUGGUGCAGCGCGUUUGCUGGCAACAGCAGCAACAGGAACCGUUGCAGCAGCAGUCUCAACAGCAACACCUGCAGCAGCAUCGUCAACCCACAGAACAAACACCAAGUCCUGACCAACCGCCCGUUAACAGAGGUGCUGAAAAGCGAGCAAACGAGCCGUGACAUCGUACAGCUAGCGCCACAAGCCAUCUACCUCCAGCUCAGGAAAGGCGAGCCGUACAACAUCUCGGUGCGGUUCCGUCUGGCGAUGGACUAUCCCGUUGACCUGUACUACCUCAUGGACCUCAGCAACUCCAUGAGGGACGACAAGGAAAACCUCGCCAACCUCGGCAAGUCCCUGGCCGAGACGAUGCGCAACCUCACCUCGCAGUUCAAGCUCGGCUUCGGCUCCUACGUCGACAAAGUCGUCAUGCCUUACGCCAACAUCCACCCACUCAGGAUACAGAGCCCGUGCACCGACUGCGCUACCCCGUACUCCUUCCGGAACAACCUCCCACUCGACGCCGACUACCGCAAGUUCACCGAGUACGUGCGCAAGACCCCAAUCUCAGGCAACGUGGACGCCCCUGAAGGAGGCCUGGACGCGCUGCUGCAGGCGAUGGUCUGCUGGGAGCAGAUCGGGUGGAGGAAGCAGGCGAGGCGCCUUCUCAUCCUCUCCACAGACGCUACCUUCCACCACGCCGGAGACGGAAGGCUGGCGGGCAUCGUGACACCACACGACGGCCGCUGCUACCUCAACGCCACCGGCGAGUACACGCACUACGAUCGCCUCGACUACCCGUCCAUUGCGCAGAUCAACGCAGCUGCCCGGGACAACCAAGUCAACAUCAUCUUCGCGGUGUCGCGGCACGGCGAGCUCUACAAGGCGCUCAGCGACCAGAUCGCCUACUCCUCCCACGGCAUGCUCGACAGCAGCUCUUCUAACGUCGUGGCCCUCGUCAGGGACCAGUACAAUCUGAUCAGCUCGGAAGUGAAACUGACGGACACUUCGUCCACCAUCCCUGGCACGCCGCUGUCCAUCCGGUAUUUCAGCAGCUGUCUGGACAAGGGCGCCGCCCCCCGACUCACGGCGUCGUGCAGGGGCAUCAAGGAGGGCGACGAGGUCGAGUUCAUCGCCCAGAUUACCGCUGAGGACAUACCCGAGGAUGAGGCGCGUCGCAGCUUCACGGUGAACAUCACCACCUUCCAGGACACCCUGACUCUACAGGUGCAGCUACUGGCGAACUGUGACUGCGAGCUGCCUACUGCACCGGGUCGCGAGCCCAAUUCUGCUCAGUGUUCAGGGGUCGGCACACUGCAGUGUGGAGUGUGUCAGUGUCCUGACCUCUACUACGGCAACAAGUGUCAGUGUAGCAGGGAUAGAUCUAGGGACACCGACAACAGCGCCGAGAACGCGGCUCAAUGCCUGGCUGACCCCAAGGAGGGGGAGGUGUGCUCCGGCCAGGGGGUCUGCGAGUGUGGGGAGUGCAUCUGCAACAGCCCCUCGCUGAGCGGCAAAUACUGCGAGUGUAACUCCAACUUGUGUCUGGCCUCAACCGGCAUGACGGGCCAGUCAGAGCCCUGCAGCGGGCGGGGCAGGUGUGAUUGUGGAGUGUGUGCGUGCCAUCAGGGAUGGUCGGGCAAAUUCUGUGAAUGCCCCGACGCGCAGUCAUGUAUCAUGCCAGGAACAUUCGACGAGUGUUCUGGACGCGGUGAGUGCGCUUGUGGAGUCUGUUCCUGCCACAGCAUCGACGACGUUCUCUACACCGGACGAUACUGCGAGGAAUGUUCCACGUGUUCGAGCGGCAAGUGUCUGGAAUUCAGGGACUGCGUGCAGUGUCGCGUGUUCAGGACGGGGCCGCUGGCGGGCAGCGCCUGCAGCAAUUGCACCUCCAGGCCGCGAGUUCUGUCCAACCUGGACGCCCAAGUGGAGGCAGGGGCGAGGCUGUGCACCUUCGUGGACGAGAGCACAGGCUGCGACUACAACUUCACUUACGAGUACCGCGCCUCGAGCCAAGACUACCUCCUCUUCGCGCAGGAGACCCAGCAGUGUCCUGAGGCUCUCGACGUACUAGGCGUGGUGCUGGGCGUGAUCGGAGGAGUGGUCGCCAUAGGUCUGCUGACGCUGCUGCUCUGGAAGGUUCUCACCACCAUCCACGACCGAAGGGAGUUCGCCAAGUUCGAAAACGAGCGUAAAAAUGUCCAGUUCGGCACGGCGAAAAGUCCCAUCUACAAGCCGGCCACGGGGACGUUUGUGAACCCAGCGUUCGCUGGCGCUGGAGGGUCGCAGUGACGUCACUGUUCACUGUCUCAGCGCUCAAUGAUGCGUCGUCAGUCGUGUUGUCAACACUCGCUCAAUACUCAUAUCUUGGUCCAAUGAAUUAACUACACAUUAGCAGGUUCAAGUGUCGAAAUAUGCAUAAAAUCGGACGUCAGCAAUAAAGAGAAAAAACGACGUACGGUGCAGAUUGUGUCGACAACACGACGGAUUCAAUCAUCACUGAUCGGGAGAUGGAGAAUUGAGACUCGUUCCCUUCAGAGAGCAAUGCUACGGUGUUCACGCUGCGCUCGCUCUCGCCUCGUAUCUCUCAAGUCAACAUAAUUCAACGUUUAAAUUAGCACGAUGAAAGCCUACGUAUAACACUAUCUAUUGAAUACUAUGAUAAGCUCAGGUAAAACAAGUUAAUGUCAGGAACUGCCAAGAACGCGGUGAUCAUUCGUAUUGUAAUCACAGUGAACAUUUUUAAAAGUUCUGCACCUAGCCGUAUGAUAACUGCAGGCAUGUAAUGCAGACAUAUAUGUGAUGAAAACCCACACCAAACAAGGGAUUGGUAGAACGAUUUCGUAUUACUUUUAAUAUUUAUUUCCGAUAUAAGAGGCAAGGCCCAACUUGAUUAAGGUUUCUUACAUUCUACAUUCUACAGAACACUUGGCACAGGUAUUUCUUCUAAAAUGCGGUCAACAUUAAUUCAAAAUAUGACAGGCACGACUCAAAUGCCGUUAUAAAGGAUAUAUCUUCAUUUUCCCGUCUGUGUUCCAAUUCUGGUGUAUUCAACAGAGGAAAUAAAAACCACAUUCACAAUGGGUUCCAAGCCAGAAAUCGAACUGUAUUAUCACGAAUUCUUCAGCGUAAUAAAACACAAAUGUUGAUUAGAAUUUGUUCAUUAUCGUUCAAGAUGAAAGGUCAACAUAAUUCAGCAGCAAAUUUGCUUCCCCUCAACACACGAUAGUUUUCACUAUUAAAUUUCAUAGCAAAUGCCGAUAUGAAGUUUUAUCCCGACAGCCUGUGGAGCUGCGUUCACAAUAGUGCUGCGAGCGCAAGACUUGCAUUGGCUUAGGCCUGGAAUGGGCUUCUUUGUGAACACGCCAUUAAUUGUAACUGCCGAGUAGGAAAUUUUGUCGUCAAUAACCAAUUUAAGCUAAGUACGUGCAAUUUAUUUAAGAAGAAGUUCAAAAUAUUUACAGCAAUAAAAUAGUAUCCAGACAA